CUGUACCACUGCACGAAAGCAAUCAGGCGGGGAUAUUCCAUUGAUCAUCGUUAAGUGAGUCAGGGCUGAAGGAUGCCGAGCAAAGAGGGCAGGCAAGCUUGCCGAACAACACAACAACACAACAAAGAAUACUCAAAUUGCCCUCGUAUCGUCUACAAUCGGCUAGACCAUGAACUGCAGCUAGCUUUAUCAAAUCACACUGUCACUAUCACUCUUCUCCCUGCGCAGCAUCUCCCUGGACCUCUAUCUCCCCUAAGGUCCCAAAGAUCUUCACCACCCAGUCAGCGCAUUGACAUGCGACCCAGCAAUGAGAUGCCCUCACUCACUAUCAACAGCGCGAGCAGUGUUUGGGCCUGUGGAAGACCUUCUCCGUGUCACGACACCUUUGAUGUAGUCAUACAUAGAUUCCAAUAUGGAAAUGACACAAAGAUAAGACACUCGCUUACUCGCAGUCACAUCCUGUACUGUACAUGUACGCAGCAUAACAAAGUGAGCAUAAGCCCUGAGAUAGCAUCGGCCCUCCGACACAGGCAACCACCAAUCCCCCAAACCCCUCCGUUCAAUCGAGCGACAAGCAGACCAGAAUCUCAAGCAAUAGUUUUUCCGUAACCACCAACCAGGGACCAGGCGCCUUGGCCAGGAAGCUAAAUCUAGACCGUGGACUGGAACGGUCACUUCCGCUUCCGCGGGUCUCACGG